AUGCUGCUGAGACGGAUUGGCAUUCGCCCUCCGCUCUCGAUCCUGCAAUCCGUUCAAUCCGGACGGGCAUUCAGCUCAACCGGAAGAUCUCUGCCUCACCUCACGCGGAGGCGGGUUGCGGCACUGACCCUUACUGGCUUGAGUGGAGUGGCGUUGAUCAACGCGGAAGUGCACAAGUGGCUCUGGGAUGAGUUCCGAGAAGCGACACAUCCAAAUCGUGCAGAAGAGCGCGAAGCUUUGGCGAAGGAGCAUGAGCGCGAGCGGCAGCAGGAGGUGGAAAGGCUACGCGGCGAGGCGUCAAUAUGGCGCUUGCUUCAGCUUGCGGUCAUCAUGUUGCCAGUGGCAAUCUAUUUUCCCGUUUGGAUAGUUGACCCAACGCUCUUCUGGACUUGGGUAUCGGCGCGGAUCGAUCGAGCAGGGCCUUGUUUCGUGAAGCUGGCGCAGUGGGCAGCAACCAGACGAGAUCUGUUUCCGGACACCCUUUGUGCGGCUCUAGGGCGCAUGCACGAGUCCGUGUCGGCACCCUGGUCGACAGCCAUCGAGCCCGCUGAGGUUUGCAGCUCCCUGCGCAACGCGGAGUUGGAUAUUCAGUCGUUGGAUUCCAGGCCUUAUGCUUCUGGGAGCAUGGCCGAGGUGUAUUUCGGCAAGCUCAAGGACGGCACAGAGGUUGCGGUCAAGUGCCUCAGGCCGGGAGUCAAGCGGCUGCUAGAAGCUGACUUGGCUUUGCUGCUAUGUUUUGGCAACUGGGCGGAGUCUCUGGAGCCUCUUCGCAUGCUUGGCUUGAAGAAAGCCGCAGAAGAGUUUUGCGAACAUGUGCAGAUGCAGACGGACUUUCGGACGGAAGCCUCCCACCUGCAUCGCUUCCGCGAAAACUUCGAGGAGUUGAAGUCAAUAAGAUUUCCUUCGCCGCUGUAUGCCUCGCAAGACCUUCUCGUGCUGUCUCGGGAAGUGGGAAGAGAGCUCUCCCGUGUAUUCCGAGAGGCUAUGACUUCUGAUGGUCAGGAUGAGAGACAAGAUGUUGACCGGUUCGAGAGCCACGCGGAUACCAUCAGAAGUAUCUUGGGCAUUCCGCAGGACGUAAGUCGGAGGAUUGCAUCGGACAGUCUUGCGGCCUACAUGCGGAUGAUCUUCAAAGACCAGUUUAUCCAUGGAGAUCUCCAUCCCGGGAAUGUGAUGCUGAAGCUGGCUGGCGGAUCGAGCAGUUCUCACCCUGAACAGGCCGAUGAUACUGGCAGUGGCUCCUUGGUUGGCAAAGCCUCCGACCGCUUGAGCUCGGUGGUGACCCGUGCUCGGGGUCAGCCUUUUGAGCUGAUCAUUCUGGAUGCUGGCUUGGCGAUACCACUCGCCCGGGAAAAAGUCGAGGCCUUGCGCUCACUCGCGCUUGCGAUCAUCUACGGCGAUUUUAACCGGGCUGCUCAGAUUCUCUAUGACCAGAGUCCCGACACCUCCAAUUGCCAGGACCCGCAGGCUUUCAAGAGCGGGCUGGCGAAGGCCUUCUGCGACUGCAGGAAGCAAGUGUAUGAGGACGGGUUCGUGCAGGUCAGCGAUGCUGUGUUGGAAGCACUUCGUUUGGUUCGAUACUACAAUGUAGGACUCGACACCACGCUCACGUGGACCCUGCUGGGAAUGCUCAGCAUCGAAGGCUCCGCGCGCCAGCUCGAUCCAGAGGUGGAUUGCGCUAGAGCUGCAACGAGGUACAUCUUGAAUCUGCCCAGCUUGCGGAAAGAGCUCCAGAGCCAAUCCUGGCACACUUCAAGGCACAUGUUGACGGAGAUGUUCAUGAACUGGCUCGGAUUUGACUACUGGGAGUUGCGGAAUUCCUGGUCGGUGACCUUGCCGUGGCAGAUGAAGUCUUAA